CCGGGAGGGGCUGGACACGUUGUCAUCUCUCAGCCCAGCCCCGCGGGGGGAGGGGAUUUUCUUUGCUCCUCCUUCCUCGACCUGCUCGGGCCUUGUUUCCUCAGCCCCACACACACUCCAGCCGGGCCCUUCCCAGACGGUAAGGGGCGCCCCUCCCCCCAUCUCGCCAGCCAGCGCCCCAAAAACCUCCUCGCCCCCCACCAUGAACAUCUUCCGAUUCCUGGGGGACAUUUCCCACCUCCUGGCUAUUAUCAUCCUGCUGAUGAAGAUCUGGAAGACGAGGUCCUGUGCGGGGAUCUCUGGGAAGAGCCAGAUUCUCUUCGCUGUUGUGUUCACCACCCGCUACCUGGACCUGAUCACCAACUUCAUCUCCUUCUACAACACCUCCAUGAAGGUUGUGUACAUCGCCUGCUCCUACGCCACGGUGUGGCUGAUCUACAGCAAGUUCAAGGCCACAUACGACGGGAAUCACGACACCUUCCGGGUGGAGUUCCUUGUGGUGCCCACGGCUGUGCUGGCCUUCCUGGUGAACCAUGACUUCACCCCGCUGGAGAUCCUCUGGACGUUCUCCAUCUACCUGGAGUCGGUGGCCAUCCUGCCGCAGCUGUUCAUGGUGAGCAAGACGGGCGAGGCAGAGACCAUCACCAGCCACUAUCUCUUCGCCCUGGGCAUCUACCGCACCCUCUACCUCUUCAACUGGAUCUGGCGCUACCAGCAGGAGGGCUUUUUUGACCUGAUCGCCAUCGUGGCUGGGCUAGUGCAGACCAUCCUCUACUGCGACUUCUUCUACCUCUACAUCACAAAAGGUGACCUGAAAGCUCUGACUUCCAGAACGUGGGAUGAGAAGACAGGCCUGCAUCUCUCCAAAAUUGUCCUGUGCUCAGAAGCAGCUGGUGCAGGGAAGGAAAUGCAGCAGGAAGAACAGCAGAGCCACAAAGAUAAGGAGGAGGGAGAGAAAGGAGGAUGGGAGAAGGAAGAGCGCAAAAAUACCACAGACCUCUAAGGAGUUGGGUAUAUCUUUCUCACUUUAUUGUCACCAAAUGUGACAAAGAACGGUAACUAAUUUAGACACAUUCUACCCUCGAUCUUUGUGAAC